CACCCACUUCGCAGUAGCAACAACCACAGCAACAGCAACAGCAACGACAGCAUCAACCAGUAUCAAUCACGACCACCACGACUACCAUCAGCCGUCUUGGCCAUCGACGGCUCCAGGCACACCAACUCACCACUCGAACUCUAACCCAAGCUGAAACCACAGCACCGCCACAGCUCGCCCUGCCCUCAACUUCACUUGGACCUGGCCGCUGUGCUGCCCCGCUGGACCCGAACUCUUGCCAGCGCGCGCACCUACGUACGUAGGAGGAAGUAGGAGGUACAGGUAGCAAGAUCCAUCAUCCUUGGGCCUCUGGCGCAGCAAACAUCUGAGGAGAGAUUCUUGUCACCGACCGACGCAUCGACACCCUCCGAUCCGCCUCGCUGAACCUACCUGCCUGAGCAUCAACAAUCUUCCCUCGCACCUGCCGCGCCUGCGUCCGCUUCAUCAUCGACAAGCAGCGACAAAAACCAGCGCAGCACCACUUCCUGCAUCCAUUCUCCCCUCACUCACUACAAUACCUUACCUACUCCCUCUUCAUCUAUCCUCUCCCGCCUACCUCACCUCACCAUCGUUCUGACAACACCCCACUUCUUCCCUUCCGCUCUGCCUGCGGCCUGAGCCCCGCCGUCGACCACCGUCAAAAUGAGCACCUACGACGACGACUACUACGAGCCGCGACGCUACCGCAGCGUUCGCACCCGCCCACGUGACAGAGACGAGCCGGACUACGUUCGCGAAGAAACAUACAUUGAGCGAGGCAAGGGUCCUGGCCCGCGCGGCACAGAAAUGGUCUACCGCGGCCGCGAAGAGAGCAUUGAGGACAUUCCCCGCGACUUCCCCCCUCCAGGACGUGACCGCGGUUACGACGACGACGACUACUACGAUGCUCCUCGUCGCAGCAAGAGUGCAGGAGGCAGAGGCCGGCGCUCAGACUAUGAUGAUGAUCGAUACACCGACCGCGAUGUCGCGGCAGCUGCAGGAGCCGGUGCAGGAUAUGCAGCGGGACGUCGCCGACACCGCGACGAUCGUGGCUACGACUCGGACUACUCUCGCUCGCCGCCUCGCAAGCCCGAGCGCAAGAAGUCAGGUCUGGAAGACGCACUCGGUGGACUGGGUCUUGGAGGCCUCGCCGCUGGCAUUCUCGGCAACAGAGACAGCAACCGCGACAGAUCACCAGGCGGCCGCUCCACUCGUUCUCGUGCUCGAAGCCGACGCGGCUACUCCUCGAGCCGAAGCAGGUCUCGUGGCGGCGGAGGCGACAAGAACAGAACCGAGCGCAAGUGGGCCCAAGCAGCUCAAGCAGCACUCGUCGCUGGCGCUGUCGAAGCCUUUCGAUCACGCAAUGAGGCAGGUCCGUGGACUGGAGAAAAAGGCAGACGUAUUGCGACUGCCGCCAUUGGUGCCGGUGGGAUCGAUGGUUUGAUCGACCGCGACCCCAACAAGAAGUCCAAGCGCCAUCUUGCCGAAGCUGUCAUUGGAGGUCUGGCUGCCAAUCGACUCGCCAACGGACCGCGCUCCAAGUCUCGUGGUCGCGGAUACGACUCUCGCGAUGUCUCACCUGAUGCUCGAUCGAUGCGCUCUGGACGCAGCCGCAGCCGAAGCAUCAUCGACAGACUUCGCGGUCGCUCGCAGUCUCGCGGACGGGCCCCGAGUGAGAAUGGUGGUGGCGGAGGAAUCGGUACUCUGGGAAAGGUAGCAGGUGCCGGCGCGGCAGCUGUUGGCCUCAAGAAGCUUUAUGACCGCGCACGCUCCAAAUCACGUGGGAGGCGCUCACCUUCACGCGACUCCAGCGCAGACUCGUAUGUGCCCUCCCGCCGUCGUCCCCGUGAUCAGCGCCGCUCACAAGGUUCAGAUACCGGCAGUAUUCGCCGGACAGACGAUCGCGACGGUCCUGGCGGUCGCGAAGUCGCUCGCGGUUCUAGAGGCGUCAGCACCAUUGUAGCUGGCGGCGGAGGCGGUGCGAAAGGAAAGGGCGUGAAUGAUUCAAGUGAUAGUAGUUCUACCACCGAUAUGGAGAAGACUCGGAAGCAUAUGCGUGGCAAGGAGUUGAUUACGGCCGGUCUCGCCACUGUGGCGACUAUUCAUGCGGCGCAUGGCGUGUAUUCAAGUAUGGAGGCUCAUGAAAAGAGACAUCGUCUGGUCGCUGAGGGAGAAAUGAGCCCCGAAGAAGCUCGUAAAAAACAGACCAAGGCUUGGAUCCAAGACGCUGCAGCAGUGGGUAUUGCUGCGCUUGGUAUCAAGGGUGCUUUCUCCGAGUGGAAGGAAAUGAACGAACAGAGACGUGAGAUUCAGGAGAUCGAAAAGCGGAAGGCAGGUCGUCGCAAGAAGCGCAUCGCACGGCAAAAGCAAGAGGAGAUGGAGAGACAUGAGCGUAUGAUGAACAUUCUCGAAAAGAAUCCUCAACUUGCUGUUGGCUAUCAGAUGCAGCAAACCGGCUAUCUCCCUAAUAAUCUGGGCGCCAUACCUGCACCUGAUCAAAGUGGCAACCCAUACGCUUCUGGCCCCAGGUACUAGAGGCACCAUCGACACCCCUCGCAUUCCACCUACGGUCAUUACGAGAAUCGCCCGACGACUCACCCACAGCACCACCAUCGCGACUGGGCAGGUCCUCCGGAUUGAAGCAGACGCAAUAUUUACGAUGGUGCUGGGGAACUUUCUCGGCGAGACUCUUGGUUCUAUACGACAAAUUCUAGCGACUCUCUUCCUCUUUCCAGCGAACAGACGACGACUUCAUGGGCAUACGAGAAACAGACUACGAUGCAUGAGAUGGCGAGCAAGCUGCAUGAUACCACCGGCAGGGCAGACGCGGCAGAUUACUACGCGCUACGAUAUCAUGAUGACCAUGAUGCACUAUGGAGAGGAGCGAUCAAGUGCGAUGAGCGCUGAGAUUACUUGAUUCCGUAGAUUCACUUGGUCCGUUU